AUGAUGCAUGUUGCGCAAGUCUGUCAGUUACACUUUCUCAGGCAGAGAACCCUCUUUCCACCUCUCGGUCUUUCUCUCUCUCUCUCCCUCUCUCUUUCUCUCUCUCUUUCUCUCUCUCUUUCUCUCUCUCUUUCUCUCUCUACUUCUUCUCCUCCAGUUUAUAUUCUCGUUGUUCUUCUUCAACGAUCAGCAUUUUUCCCGCUUUUCUCCUAUUCAUCCGUUGCCAUUUUGCAGGAAUCUAACACAAUUAAUUACUAUUCUACUUAUAUCUAUCUAUCUAUCUAUCUAUCUAUCUAUCUAUCUAUCUAUCUAUCUAUCUCUGUAUGUCUGCCGAUACUUUCAUUCAUCUUUAUUCUUUAUUUUUUCAUUCAUUUUCAUUCAUCUAUUUUCAUUAACUACAUUUCUUUCAUUUAUUUUCAUUCAUUUCAUUUCUUUUAUUUUCAUUCAUCUAAACGAUAUUUCUUUCAUUUAUUUUCAUUCAUCUUAACUCAUUUCUUUCAUUUAAUUCAUAUUUCUUUUCUAUUUUCAUUCAUCCGAUAUUUCUUUCAUUUAUUUUCAUUCAUCUUAACUACAUUUCUUUCAUUUAUUUUCAUUCAUCUUAACUACAUUUCUUUCAUCUAUUUUCAUUCAUCUAAACGAUAUUUCUUUCAUUUAUUUUCAUUCAUCUUAACUACAUUUCUUUCAUUUAUUUUCAUUCAUCUUAACUAUAUUUCUUUCAUUUAUUUUCAUUCAUCUAAACGAACUUUAUUUAUUUUCUUUCAUCUGAACUAUAUUUUCAUUCAUAUUUUCAUUCAUCAACUAUAUUUCUUUCAGUUAUUUUUCAUUAUCUAUAUUUCUUUCAUUUAUUUUUCAUUCAUCUUUUCAUUUCUUUCAUCUAUUUUCAUUCAUCUUAACUAUAUUUCUUUCAUUUAUUUUCAUCCAUCUUAA